GUACAUUACCAUCAUUAAAUUCAAUAGAAAAAGCAAUCAAAUUUAUGAAUGAAGCUUAUACAAAUAAUGAAAAGAUCUUUGUUCAUUGUAAAGCUGGUAUGGGAAGAAGUGCUACUAUUGUAUUAUGUCAUUUGGUUGCUAAUGAAAAAAUGUCAGCGGAUGAUGCAUUAAAAUUAAUUAAAGAAAAAAGACCUGAAGUAACAGCUACUAUUAUCGAUUUCGAAUGUGUCAAGCAAUUUGUAGAUUCACUGAAAAAUGAGUUAGAAAAAUAG